AUGUACAAAUGGCAUGUUCAUUCGGCCAUUGGUCGUGGGAGACCUGUUGCCAAUGAUAUUUCACGGGUUGCGGACGGGAUUGCUGCGUCUUUGAGACAAUUUUCAAUCUCGUUGUCGAGGAGUGCUGAGGAUGGAAAUGCCAACAAUAGACCCGCACCAUCACGCUCCCAACGGUCAACAGAAGCUUUCAACGAAGCCCGUUCCCUGGCCCCAAAACCAUCCCGCGGCAUCGACGCACGGUCUCUGGCCGCCAAACCACCACAAAGCUUCACCAUCCAUCGUGUAGAUCCUCAUACCUCAUCACCUGGAUACCAGGGCCGGGGUGGCAGUGGUGGUUCUCGUGGGUUUCCUGGGCGCGGAGGACGCGGCGGAGCACUGGGCGGACGCGGUGGGAGAGGAGGGAGAGGACGAGGGCGUGUAUCGAGGGGAAGGGGCAGGGGAGGCGCUGUUAAGAAACCGCGGGAUCGGGCAGGUCAGGAUAUCCUGACCGUGCCAUUGAACGAUGAGGAGAAGGCGUAUCUCUACAACUCCGAGUGUGGAUUCCGUGCUCCCUAUAACCCUACAACGACAUCAGAGUCUCUAGACAGACAAGGAGCUGCUGUUAUUGCGAGUCCAAAGGGUGUCAAUGAGACGUUGAUGUAUAAGAUGCAAGUUGCUACGCGUGUUGGGCCAGCUUUUGAACAUGCUGGGAAGCAUUUGCAUAAUAUGACUGCUGGGAAUGGAGUUGCUAUGUUUGAAAAUCCGGAACAGAAGGCUAUUGCGAAGAAGUGGAAAGGUAGUAAAAGCCAAAUUGGGUCGCUGCCGGAGCAGGAUAAGACCAAGAUCUUGAAUACGUGGGUUGGGGGACAAUAUCAAGCGCCUGUAGCUCAGAAAGCUGGCGUAUUGGGGCAGGUUGAGACAUUUUUGAGGAGGAACGCGACGUAUCUCCCUGAAGAUGCGAGGAAGUUGGAGGCAAAGUUGAGCACACUGCUACCGACAGCUGCGCCAGUACGACCUCAAGCAGGCAAAGCAAAGACAGCUGCGUGA